AGCAGCGCAGGGCUUCCUGUCUGCGCCUGCGGAAUCGCCAUUUGACCCCGGAAGUGUUGGCUCUGUGGAAGCUGUCACCGUGUACCGCGCCUGGGUGUGGAACCCGGAGGAGGGUCAUACGGCAUAAUGUCAGCUCUGCCCCUGGACCAACUCCAGAUCACCCAUAAAGACCCGAAGACCGGAAAGCCGAAGACUUUGCCAGCACUGCACCCUGAGCAGAAGGCAGACCGGUAUUUUGUGUUAUACAAACCGCCCCCUAAAGACAACAUUCCCGCCCUAGUGGAGGAGUACCUGGAACGCGCCACCUUCGUAGCCAAUGACCUCGACUGGCUCCUGGCCUUGCCUCAUGAUAAAUUCUGGUGCCAGGUUGUUUUUGAUGAGACCCUGCAGAAGUGCCUGGACUCCUAUCUACGCUAUGUACCCCGAAAGUUUGAUGAGUGGGUGGCCCCGACCCCUGAGGUUGCUGACAUGCAGAAACACCUACAUCGAAGCAUCUUCCUCAUCUUCCUCCGAAUGUCCACUCACAAGGAAUCCAAAGAUCACUUUAUUUCUCCAUCUGCAUUUGGGGAAAUCCUCUACGAUAACUUCCUCUUUGACAUCCCAAAGAUCCUGGACCUCUGUGUGCUCUUUGGAAAAGGCAAUUCACCACUGCUCCAGAAAAUGAUAGGAAACAUAUUUACCCAGCAGCCAAGUUAUUAUAAUGACCUGGAUGAAACCAUUCCCACCAUACUUCAGGUCUUCAGCAAUAUCCUCCAGCACUGUGGCUUGCAAGGGGAUGGGACCAGCACCACACCCCAGAAACUUGGGGAGAAGGGUCGGUUGACACCCAGUGACAUGCCUCUCUUGGAAUUAAAGGACAUUGUCCUCUACCUAUGUGAUACCUGUACCACACUCUGGGCCUUUCUGGAUAUCUUCCCUUUGGCCUGCCAAACCUUCCAGAAACAUGAAUUUUGUUACAGACUAGCUUCCUUUUAUGAGAUGGCAGUUCCUGAAAUGGAGUCUGCAAUUAAGAAGAGGAGACUUGAAGACAGCAAGCUGCUAGGUGACAUGUGGCAGAGGCUCUCCCAUUCCAAGAAAAAGCUAAUGGAGGUGUUUCACAUCAUCCUGAACCAGAUCUGCCUCCUUCCCAUUCUAGAGAGCAGCUGUGACAACAUUCAAGGCUUCAUUGAAGAAUUCCUUCAGAUCUUCAGCUCCUUGCUGCAGGAAAAGAGAUUCCUCCGGGACUAUGACUCAUUCUUCCCUAUUGCUGAAGACAUCAGCUUGCUACAGCAGGCUUCAUCAGCCUUGGAUGAGACCCGGACUGCCUACAUCCUGCAGGCUGUGGAAAGUGCAUGGGAAGGGGUGGACAGACAGAAAACCAAGGACAUUAAAGACCCAUCAAGGGCCAAGGAUCCUAAUAAUGGUGUCACAAUGACAGUGAAGCCAGUCACUGAGAUGCCUUCGCAGCUGGAGAACUCAGAGGAGGAUGAGGAGUGCAUGGGUGCAGCAGCUGCGCUGGCCCCGACUGUGUGUGGUGUGGAACUAGACUCCCUCAUCUCCCAAGUGAAAGACCUGCUGCCAGACCUUGGGGAGGGCUUCAUCCUGGCCUGCCUGGAGCACUACAGCUAUGAUUCCGAGCAGGUGAUCAACAACAUCCUGGAGGAUCGGCUGGCCCCCGAACUCCGCCAGCUGGACCGCAGCCUAGACCGACAGGUGAAGCCGGACCCUACACCCCUGCUGACAUCUCGUCACAACGUCUUCCAGAAUGAUGAGUUUGAUGUGUUCAGCAGGGACUCAGUGGACCUGAGCCGAGUGCACAAGGGCAGGAGGAAGGAGGAGAACGCCAGAAGCCUGGUGAAUGACAAGCAAGCUGUGUUGGCUCAGUGGCAUCGCUACCAGCAGUACAGUGUGGUAAUGGAGGAGGUCCCACUGCAGCCAGGAGAAUACCAGGUUGAUGACUAUGAGGAUGAGUAUGAUGACACAUAUGAUGGCAACCAGGUGGGCGCCAACGAUGCAGACUCUGAUGAUGAACUCAUCAGCCGCAGGCCCUUCACCAUCCCUCAGGUGCUGAGAACCAAAAUGCCCGGAGAAGGACAGGAGGAGGAAUAUGAAGCGGAGGAGGUUGAAGAGGAGGCCCCCAAGCUGGACCAUUUCAUCCAGGAUCCUGCAGUGCUGAGAGAAAAGGCUGAAGCCAGACGCUUGGCCUUCCUCGCCAGGAAAGGGUACCGGCCUGAGAACUCUGCAGCAGUGACUGGCAGCCCCCGGGGUCAUGGGCAAAGCCGAGAAACCACCCAGGAGCGGAGGAAGAAAGAAGCCAAGAAGGCAACCAGAGCCAACCACAACCGCAGAACCAUGGCUGACCGGAAGAGAAGCAAAGGCAUGAUCCCAUCCUGAGGUCACAAAGCUGCCUGGGUGAAGGAGGCCUUGCAAGGCCACCACCAUACCUCACCUGCCAGCCAGCCGUGAGCGCCUUCCUAUCGAACACAAAGUGCCUUAUCCCUUGGUGCAGGGACUCAGUGUCAUCAAGCAGGCUGUCUCCCAGCAGUGCUGGCUGGAAAGGAUGGGGAGGAAAAGCCAAG